CCGGGAAGGGCCAUUGCGGUAGGAACUCAGACUGGGCUCGCUCGGAGCCCCCAGACCCCAGCUUUUGCAGCCCCCAGCUAUCGGGAGCCAGAGGUAGCCUCCGCCAGAGCAAUAACACUGGCACAAAAUGACCACCUUGAUAAUGACCAAGGAAGCACUCGAAGAGAUGCUAUGUGGAGAAGAUAAUUUUACAUUAUGUGAACCCAAGUCAGCCCACAUUAGUGAGGAAACAGAAUAUGUGCGAAAGCUUCGAAUUAUGUUAGAAGAUAUCCGACACCAGAUAUUUAAGGAUGAGAUGUGUCAUAAAAUCCCAGAACACAAACCAUGUUCGAAGAGCUGUUGUUGCAAUUUAGAUGAUGAGUGCGAGUGUCAAGCAAAGAUCUCUCCGUGUGGUUUUAAUUUGAUUAUAGAGAAAAUGAAAGAUAAAGACCUCCAGCUCCGAGAAAUGAACAAAGAAAACGAAGUCCUAAAAAUCAAGUUGGAAGCCUCAAGAGAAGCAGGUGCUGCAGCCCUAAGAAGUGUUGCCAAGAAAUUAUUUGGGGACUAUGAGAAACAGCGUGAAGAACUUAAGAAAAAGCAUGAGAACGAAAAAAAGUUACUACAGGUGAGCAACUUUGAAAAGGAACAGAAAUACAAACAGCAUGUAGAAUGUUUGAAGCAAGUAACUCAAAGACUUGAAGGAAAGCAUGGCCAGAUUGCGAAACUGGAAAACCUUGUCCAGAAAAUGGAAGCGGAAAAGAAAUUAUUGCUGGAAAAAAAAGCAUGUUUGCAACUCAAGUUGGAGCAGCUCAUGCUGGACUCUAAAAAUGCCAAGAGUUGUAAGGAUCUUCAAGCAGAGAUUUGUACUCUCCAGAGGCAGAUUUCCUGUUUGCAGUUUGUGAUUUAUUCUCAACAUCAGAACCUACGUGGUGUUAUCCAGGAGAUGGAAGGAUUAAAAAAUGACAUACAAGAACAAGAUAAAAUGAUUGAGGCUCUGAAGGAAAAGGUGAAUGUUCUCGAAGCUCAGAAUAAAGACCUAAAAAACAAGAUUAAAUGUUGGUCAGAAUGUUCCAAGACGAAGAUCUCUAAGGGAGUCUGCACAAGUGAACUCAUGGCUGAAGACAACUCUCCCUAUCUGAUGCUAAUUAAACUCCGGAAAUAAACCUUCCACGUGGAUUGGAUUAUGGUUGCUGCAGACCCUGAAAGACUCCUUAUUAUGAUGGCCUCUGUUUCUGCACAAGCUCUCCUGUUUCAUAUAUUUUAAAAACACAGUCUAAAUGAGAAUGUUAAUUUGCUGCUGUCUCUGAUCUUCCAAAAGUUACCCAGAGGUGGCUUCUGUAAGGAAGUUUUCCCCAGCUCGAUGGGAAGAGGAUGCUUAGAGCAGUCAGACAAGCAUUUGGGGGGAA